AUGAAGGGGCUGAGUGGAUGCCUCUACUUCUGUAUCAUCAGUGUGGAGAAGAUCGUUUUGGAUGUUAAGUUAAUCAUGCAGUGGGAGAAAACAAGAAGCCUGAUGCUCAUUUUACUGUCCUCUGCUCUAAUUCUCAGCACUGCUGUUCAUGUGAAUAUCAGGCUAGUGAAUGGUACCAGUCCCUGUUCUGGUCGAGUGGAGGUUCUUCAUAGAGGUCAGUGGGGAACGGUGUGUGAUGAUUUCUGGGAUCUUAAAGAUGCUGCAGUGGUGUGUAGAGAACUGAACUGUGGAGAACCUGUAGAUGCUCUGUAUGAUGCUCAUUACGGUCAAGGAUCAGGACCAGUCUGGAUGAGUUAUAUCAUGUGUACUGGGUCAGAGUCUACACUGAAGAACUGUGGGGCAUUGGGAUGGGAUAAACGCAACUGUGAUCAUUCUAAAGAUGCUGGAGUCAUCUGUUCAGGUAAACUAUUUUAGGUCAGGCUGGUUGGAGGUUCUCGCUGCUCUGGGAGGUUGGAGAUCCUUCAUGAUCAGACGUGGAUGUCAGUGUGUGACGCUGCCUUUGACCAGCAGGAUGCAGAGGUUGUGUGUAGAGAGCUGGACUGUGGGGCUCCUGUACAGGUGCUGAGAGCAGCUGCUUUUGACAAAGGAGACGCUCAGAUGUGGACACAAGAGAUUCACUGCAGAGGAAAUGAGUCUCAGAUUCACUUCUGUCCAACAUCACCACUGUAUGAAAACAACUGUACUCAUGAGGACAACAUUGGUUUGUUGUGCACUGGCAUAAAGAAUGUAAAACUGGUGAAUGGUCACAGCCGCUGUUCUGGUAGAGUAGAAGUUCUUCAUAGAGGUCAGUGGGGAACAGUGUGUGGUAUGGGCUGGGAUUUGGCUGAUGCUGCAGUGGUGUGUAGAGAACUGGACUGUGGAGAACCUGUAGAUGCUCUGGGUGAUGCUCAGUUUGGCCUGGGAUCAGGACCAAUCUUAAUAAAAAAUUCAAUGUGUAAUGGAUCAGAGUCAACACUCAAGAAAUGUGGAUCCAUGCAAUCGAGCGUUCAUGAUGAGUGUCUUGAUAAGAAUGCUCAAGUCAUCUGUUCAGGCUUGUUGGAGGUUCUCGCUGCUCUGGGAGGUUAG